GUAAGUUCCGGUCGCCGGCAGAGGCGGACUGUAGCCGUUAGCAGUGUUAGCAGUGUUAGCUUCUGUUAGCAGUGUUAGCUCGUGUUUAGCCUUAUUGUUGAAGAUGGGGGAGGCAGACGUGACGCUGAAUCAGAACGAUGAGAAGCCUCCAGACUCCGGCCUGGUGCCCGGGGAGGACUCGGUGGUCUGGAGCCAUGAGGUGGAGGUCUGUCUGUUUCACGCGAUGAUCGGUCACAAACCUGUCGGUGUGAACCGUCACUUCCACAUGAUCUGUAUCAGAGACAAGUUCAGUCAGAACAUCGGACGACAGGUUUCCUCCUCCGUCAUCUGGGAUCACCUGGGAACCAUGUACGACAUGCAGGCUCUGCACGAGUCGGAGAUCUUACCGUUUCCAAACACAGAGAAGAGCUUCUCUCUGCCUGAUGACAUCAUCCAGGAGGUGAAAGAAGGGAAGCUGGGCUCAGAGGAGGAGACCAAAGAGGAGUUCAGGAUGGAGCGAGAGCCUCCAGCUACACAUGAAGAAGGCAGUAACUCAUCGGUGAAGAUGUCAGAGCGAACCAGCAGCAGUCGGGACAAGGAGCGAGAGCGAGACAAGGAGAAGGGAGGAAGUGAAGGAGGAGCGUCAGGAGGAGGGGGAGGAGCCAAGGAGGCGGAGAAGAGGAAGAGGAGCCGGGCGGCCGAGAAACUGCUGUCGUCUUCCAACCCGGCGAGUCCGGGAGGAGCCAAGAGGAGACGCACCUGAGAGGAGGACAGACAGAGGGACAGAGACAGUGUGUGUGGAGGAGAGAGGAGAAGAAUCUGCCGUCACAGGACUCAAACCUGCGAGCUGUGUGUCACAUGACCGUCUGCUGUCUGACCGCCACGGCGCAUUGGAUGAAGGAGGAGGAGCCUGAUGUGUGUUCACUGCAGAGUGAUGAUGACGAUGAUGAUGACCGCAGCCUGACAGAAUCUGUCUCGUUAUUUUCUGUUUAGUUCUGAUGUCGUUUUCUCUGAAGCUUUUAGUCUCAGUUUGAUGUCUGUGUCCAGUUUGUCCCGUGUCCUCUCUCAGACUCAUCGUCACGCCCCUGUAACACUGUCCCACACAUGAUGGACAGUUUAAAGCCUUUCACUUCCUGUCUUUCUCAGUCUGACAGUGACCAUCACAGGAAGGACACGCUGCGUUUAGUUUCGGCUGCCGAGCAGAAAAACUGCAAACACUGAUACUCUUUGGUUAGUGAGGAUAGCUGCCGAUAGCUACCAGGGAAAAUGACAGUGCAUCCACUUCCUGUUUUGGUUGUGCAGUUGUUGACGCACUUCCUUUGUGCCAUAAAUGGAAAACCUUUUCACACAGAGAUGGUGCUAAAGAGCCGCCACAAAGUCACGUCUUUAUUUUACACAGAACCAAACGACGGCGGCGUCAUGUGGCUCCAGUGUGUGAUGUUAGACAGCAUGAUGACAUCACAGAGUCAAAAGAAGCGUGACAUGCAACACAACAGCAUCAGCCUCUAGUGUGACAUAUAACAAACGUGUCAGCAGCUCUUUAUAAACAAUAACAAUGACAUCACAUGUCAAUAACAAUCAUUUAGCGUCCCUGUUAUAUGGCGGCUGAUCUUGUCCUCUGCUCGAAGGGUAAGGAGCUCCUGUUAGCUGCUAACUGCUAACAGCUGCCCUUAAAUCUCCUGCGGUGGGUCACACACAUCAUCUGUCCGUCACACCCGUCCUGUCAGCUAUCCGUUUGACACAGGUGUUGAUUUGGUGCGGUCACUACCUCGGCUUCCGGCCUAAAGGCAACACAGCUCCGUCCUCCACUCCACUGUCGCAUCUUUUAUGCAGAGCGGUGAGGCAGAAUAACGGCGCCACAUUUAUGCCCUGAACAGGAAGUGUAAAUGGAGCUAGUUCCUUUAUUUUCCCUGGCAGCAGACACCGUGAGAGUGAUGCUGACAGGAAGCCGAUGUAAACACAGAUGAUGUCAUUCUUCUGUAGCCACGGUUACUCUGAAUCAGUGUUUAAAUUAAAGCAACAAACCGAAGCAGCAGAACCAGACGGCGGCUUUUUUUCCACGCAGUUUCUGUUUUUCUGGAAACAUGCUGCCUACAUUUCCCACAAUGCAGUUGUCCGAGGUUUUGGCCGUGUUGUGCCAGUAGCAGCUGAUGUAGCUGGAGCCUGCAGCAGAGACGAGCGGCGGCCUGCAGAGGUCUCACUUCCUCAUAACUCCACACCGCCAUGUUUUGUUCUUUUGUAGUCUUCAGCAGAUGCUGACUCGAGUGACAUCACAGGAGGACGUUCCUCAGACUUGACACAGUUGGUCAGAGAUGCUGACGGCUUCAUACUGCUGCUGAAACAUGCACCAGACUCUGUCCCUUAAGACUGGCCCUCAGCUCUCAGGUGUCUCUGUGUGUCAGGUGUGUCUGUGUGUGUCAGGUGUGUCUCUGUGUGUCAGGUGUCUCUGUGUGUCAGGUGUGUCUCUGUGUGUGUCAGGUGUGUCAGGUGUGUGUCUGUGUGUCAGGUGUGUCUCUCUGUGUGUCAGGUGUGUCUGUGUGUCAGGUGUGUCUCUGUGUGUCAGGUGUGUCUCUGUGUGUCAGGUGUGUCUCUGUGUGUCAGGUGUGCCUCUGUGUGUGUCAGGUGUGUCUCUGUGUGUGUCAGGUGUGUCAGGUGUGUCUCUGUGUGUCAGGUGUGUCUCUGUGUGUCAGGUGUGUCUCUGUGUGUCAGGUGUGCCUCUGUGUGUGUCAGGUGUGUCUCUGUGUGUGUCAGGUGUGUCAGGUGUGUGUCUGUGUGUCAGGUGUGUCUCUGUGUGUCUCUGUGUGUCAGGUGUGUCUGUGAGCAGCCUACAGGAAACAGCAGGUGUAAAUGUUUCCUGUCACCAUGUCACAGAAAGGUUUUUAUUUACAGCCCUGAUCAAUACUCUUUGGAUAAAGGUUCAACAUGAUCGAUCAUCAAGUCUCUGUCAGGAACCACACGUCAUUUUAAGUAGCGUCAGUGCGUCAAUAAUAACUCUGUUUUUAUCAUCAUGUUAAACAUCAGGAGGUCAGCUGUUAUUGAGACUAGAGAGACGACUCGGGUUUUAUUGAGACUAGAGAGAGGACUCGGUUCAUGUCUCGAUGUGACUUGUUGCGGUCAGCAGCUCAGUGAAGAUCAUGUGACGACGGUUCAGGAGGUUUUUAUCAGCUGACUGUUAAAUAUGAGGCAAUAAAUCUCAGCUGUCGUGUUUUUUUUUAAUGGAUAUUACUGAGUGUUUUUUAUUUUCCUCUGUGUGUGUGUGUGUGUGUGUGUGCGUGUGUGCGUGUGUGUGUGUGUGUGUGCGUGUCAGAGCUGACCACAGAGUCAGCUGACGGCUCAUCUUCAGACCUUCAGAAUAAAACGUUGGCGGACAUGUUUAAUUUAUUGAUGUGUGCUGAGCUGAUGUUUGAGGCUGUUUGUGUCAUUAAAGAUGAACUCAGAUCAG